CUACACAACAUACAAACAAAAGAAAAAAUCUCAGGUUCUUCAAAAAUGAAAGUCUCUACUCAGUUUCUAGCUGCGAGUGCUAUUGCACUAGCUGCCACUGCCAUGGCACUCCCUUCGCUGUCCAAGAGGAUUGUCGAUGGAUCUAAAGUCGUUGGAUGCUUCGUGAGCACUUUCAUAAACGGUGAUCAGGCAUGGACCGCAGAAUGCGCUACAGCUGCAGCAACUGACAUCGGUUUGGUCCGAGCGGUCAAUCUUCAAGAUUUGAAUAUCGAUUUCAGAAACCCUGACCCGAUGGCAUUGGGACUAUCCUCAUCAGGCUUCAAUAUGGAUUUACUCCCACUUCCUAAGGUGAGCUGGCCUAUCGAACAGGGUACUUGUAAGGUUACUGUCAUCAAUGACGGUGUCGCUAUCGCGGAGUUUAUCGGGCCAAGCACUUCUGUCGAGAUGAAAGGCGCCACCCUUGGUGCUGUAAUCAGGGAUACAUUUUUAAACAUUUUACCAGGGCAGGAAGAUGGGUUCACCAAAUUUGCUGAGGCCCUAAUUAGUGAGCCCUCUCAUGCAUUCACCAUCACUGGGAAUGCCGAUGUAACGCUCAGGGUUCCAAGCAUUCCGGCACCGAAGACACUAACUGCCACCAAUAUCGCUUUUUCGUCCCUUCUGACUUUGCAAACUUGUAAUAACUUCCCAAUGGAGCCCAUUGGCAUAGUGAGUUAUACCAGGGAUCCUGCUUCAGGUGGUGGCUCAAUGGUUUAUACGAUCAAGGUCCAUAACCCUUCGCAGCUGACUCUCAAAUUAGGAGACAGUAAAUUCAAUGUACUCUACACUAACGGAGACUAUGUGGCAACCGCCGAGAUCUCGGACCUAAGCUUAUUCAUGGGUGAGAACAUUGUGACAGCAACCCUUACGUCCACCGACCCUAAUAUCUUUGAUGCUUUGACAUCUCAGGCCAAUACGUUUAUCAUAGCAGGCUUCGAAGGUUCCGUGAAGCACCCCCUCAUGGCCAAAGCAAUGCGUGUCUUUAGAUCUCAAAUCACAAUUCCGAAAAUCGAAGUUGCAUAGAGAAAAAAGAAAAAAAUAACACUGAAG